AACAUAAAUACAAAAAAAAUGUCAGGAAAUUAAAAAAAAAGAAAUGUUUUGACGUCAGAGAGCUGGAUUUAGCGUGAGCUACUGAAAUUCCUUUAAAAGUUUGCGGGAGAAAAUAAAAUUAGUAUUUUAGUGUUUAUUAAAAUUUCCACAAUGAAAUUGACUUUGCGUCGCUAUUCGUUAUUGCUGUGUCUACAAUUUACGCUUUUAUUAGCUGAUUUGUUUUUCAAUACUUUUGCCCAUAUAUUUCUACGUGAAAAGCUCCAGUUCACAAUAUUGAUGUUUGUCACUCAAGAUGUUUUUAUAAUCUGUGAAUAUGUGUUUUUCACCUUUGCUGUGCAUUCAACCUGUGUUUACGAGGUCGGCGGUGCCUCUGUAAUUUUGCGUAAUUGCAAAUUCUUUUUACUCACAAUUCUAACCUACUUCCUACUUUCGGCUUCGCAACAUUUCUGGAUAGUUUACAAUACGAUGUGGGCGCCAACUGCUGAUUGGUCAAGUACUCUUACCGCCUUAGCAUUUGUACAGCGCCUUGUAUCCUUCGUUUAUUACUAUACUUGUAAACAUACCGCUUUAGUUGUAUCAGAUCCCAGAUAUUACGAGGAAAAUAUUGACUGGAUUGCCGAACAAUUAAGUGAUAAGUAAAGCUAAUUGAUUACGUAAAUUGUAAUAAUUGACAUUUAUUUAAAAUGUACCGUUAAAAUGCUCAAUAUUAAAGUUGUAUAAAGAAAUA